UUUUUACAGCUCUCUUAAUUAUACUUCUCUGUAACAUUUCAUUUCUCAAAAUUAUUAAUUUUGGCAGGAUUUUAAGCUAAACAAUUCAACAUGAUUCUUUUGUUUUCUUUCUAAUGAUAAUAGCAAUGAGUAUAAAUGUAAUUAAUGUCUGUCGUAGUUUAAGUUUCACAGUCAGGUAAAAAUUUUCCCAUAAUCCAACCAGAUUUAGCUCUGGGGCUCGGUGCAGUUUUAGGAAAUGCUUUUAUUUUCAGCGUAAUGAUGAAAUGUUUGAGUUAAAAUAUUGUUCUUACCAUUAUUUACCUUUUUUUAUCCAAAAAGGAAGAACAAAAGGAAAAUGUUACGAUACGGUUUUGUGGCUGUGUGUUAACUCAUCUCCUUGGCCCCCAGUUUGUUAUUAAUGAUCACAAUAGCAUCAUUACGGUUUGAAUUUAAAUUACAUUCCUGUUUUCUAUCAUUGUAAAAGGUUCAAAUUUUAUCCAAAACAGUAGAUAUUUUAAAUAAGCUAGACAGUUUAUGUUCAGUAUAGUCUUUUAAGACUAUUAUGUUAAUACAACACAUUAAAAAGUAAAUAUUCCCUAAAUGAAUUAGUGAAUGAACUAAAACAUACAUACGUGAACUGCCUUUAUGUUAAAUCAUUUCAACACGUGCAUACUAUGAAGUGUUUUGCCAAGUUCUGUAUACCUAUUCUUGACAUGUGUGAUAAAAAUGCUCAUCUAAUACUCUAAAAAUAGAAGCCACUGCUUUUCAGCAGUCUCUGAACUCUAUUGACAAGAUGUAGAUAAAAUUCUUAAAGUGAAUGAAUUGUGGUUAUAGAUCAAAUGUUGCCUCCCAAAGCAAUCCUAUAAGCAAAGAUAGGUAUAUCAUAAUUCACCUAUUAAUUGCUAUCCUUUAUCAUUAUGAUGAAUAGAUUCCACAAUUUUAGACUUGCUUAAAUGUAAUUGUUACGGUUCUUUUCACUUUAGGUCUUUCAAUACACGUAUUCAAUUUUUUCUUAAAGAUUUUAUUUUUAAGUAAUCUCUACACCCAACGUGGGGCUCGAACCCACAACCCCAAGAUCAAGAAUCACAUGCUUCACCGACUGAGCUAGCCAGAUAUCCCUGGAGUAUUUGGAUAAUGUGGUAGUUGGGAUGCAGUGAUGUCGAAUCUCUGUCCGCCGCCAUCUCCAGCUGUUGCCAAGACAGAGAUUGCCCUAAGUGGUGAAUCGCCUUUACUAGCAGCUACCUUUGCUUACUGGGACAAUAUUCUUGGUCCUAGAGUCAGACAUAUUUGGGCUCCAAAGACAGAACAGCUACUUCUCAGCGAUGGAGAAAUAACUUUUCUUGCCAACCACACCUUAAAUGGAGAAAUCCUCCGAAAUGCAGAGAGUGGGGCUAUAGAUGUGAAGUUUUUUGUCUUAUCUGAAAAAGGAGUAAUUAUUGUUUCAUUAAUCUUUGAUGGAAACUGGAAUGGAGAUAGGAGCACAUAUGGUCUAUCAAUCAUACUUCCGCAGACAGAACUUAGCUUCUACCUCCCACUUCAUAGAGUGUGUGUCGAUAGAUUAACACACAUUAUCAGGAAGGGAAGGAUAUGGAUGCACAAGGAAAGGCAAGAAAAUGUGCAGAAAAUAGUUUUAGAAGGCACAGAAAGAAUGGAAGAUCAGGGUCAGAGUAUUAUUCCAAUGCUUACUGGCGAAGUAAUUCCUGUAAUGGAACUGCUUUCAUCUAUGAAAUCACACAGCGUUCCUGAAGAGAUAGAUAUAGCUGAUACAGUUCUCAAUGAUGAUGAUAUUGGUGACAGUUGUCAUGAAGGCUUUCUUCUCAAUGCCAUCAGCUCACACUUGCAAACCUGUGGCUGUUCUGUCGUUGUAGGUAGCAGUGCAGAAAAAGUAAAUAAGAUAGUGAGAACAUUAUGCCUUUUUCUGACUCCAGCAGAGAGAAAAUGUUCCAGAUUAUGUGAAGCAGAAUCAUCAUUUAAAUAUGAGUCAGGGCUCUUUGUACAAGGCCUGCUAAAGGAUUCAACUGGAAGCUUUGUGCUCCCCUUCCGGCAAGUCAUGUAUGCUCCCUAUCCCACCACCCACAUAGACGUGGACGUAAAUACUGUCAAGCAGAUGCCACCAUGUCACGAACAUAUUUAUAAUCAGCGUAGAUACAUGAGAUCCGAGCUGACAGCAUUCUGGAGAGCCACUUCAGAAGAAGACAUGGCUCAGGAUACUAUCAUCUGUACAGACGAAAGCUUCACUCCAGAUUUGAAUAUUUUUCAAGAUGUCUUACACAGAGACACUCUAGUAAAAGCCUUCCUGGAUCAGGUCUUUCAUUUGAAACCUGGUUUAUCUCUCAGGAGUACUUUCCUUGCACAGUUUCUCCUCGUCCUUCACAGAAAAGCCUUGACGCUAAUAAAAUAUAUAGAAGAUGAUACGCAGAAGGGGAAAAAGCCCUUUAAAUCUCUACGGAACCUGAAGAUAGACCUUGACUUAACAGCAGAGGGCGACCUUAACAUAAUAAUGGCUCUAGCUGAGAAAAUUAAACCAGGCCUGCACUCCUUUAUCUUUGGAAGACCUUUCUAUACUAGUGUACAAGAACGAGAUGUUCUAAUGACUUUUUAAAUGUGUAACUUGUUAAGUAUAUUUCGUCACAGUCAUGAUUGCUGCUCAAGUAGCUCGGUGUGGGAAACAUCACCCCCUCGGGUCAUGCCCUAGCGUCCUACUUGGCAAAGCAGUUAAAGUUAGUUACACUACAGUUGUCACAAGUCUGACAGGUGCAUCGUUACAAUGGAUGCAUCUUUUCCUAGAUGUGCUUUCUUGGGAUACAAUCUUAGGUUUACAAUUAUAGUAAAUGUUACUGUUAUCUUUUAAAGAUUAAAUAGUGGAAUAUAAACUUGACCACAACUACUGUUUUUUGAAACUUACAAUUCAUGGUUUACAUGUAUCAAAGUGAAAUCUGAGUUAGUUUUCACAGAUAUAAUACUAGUUGACUUUUCAUCUCUUGGUGUUCCUUGAACAUAGGUUGAGUUUUAGAAAGAAUAUAUUGAUCAAGCAGAUGUUUAACUCAAAUUAAUUAUUAGAUCCUACUUUAUAGACUUAGUAGUCCUUAGGGUUCGAUCUGUGUAAAAAUGUCAUGCAAUAUGUGUAGUCCCGAUUAUGGCAAACCACAGUCAGGGUGUUUGUUUGUUUGUGUAUUUGUGUGUUGAGCUCUGUCAAAGAAAAUAGAGGAAAUUGGAUUUUAUGUUUUAGUAGUUAUUGCCAACUAUUUAAGUUAAUUUUUAUUAUUUUUGAGCCAAAUUGAAAUGUGUACCUCCUGUGCCUUUUUUUUUUUAUUUUUUGAGAAAUAUAAUGACUUGGAAGAAGUUCAGAUUACACUAGUCAGUCAUUUUUAUCUUGUUUUCCUCUUGUAGAUUCUCAUCCUGAUUUGGCACUUGUGACUCCCGAGAUUAUAAAAUGCAAUAAAGAAUAUACUAACUAGUAAGAUCUCUUUUCAGGAACAGAGAAUAGUAGUAUCUUGUCCUUUUCCUUCUUAUAUUUCUGCCCAUAUUUUUGAAGUUGUUGGCAGGUCUCUGCCUGCAUCAUGUGAGGAAAGCAGGGGAAACUUUACUGAUGUGCUAUUUUACUAGGUGCUACUUUGGCAAAACGAAGUACUCAAUUUCUUUUGUUUCUUUAAUGUGUUUGGACCAUUUUGCUAGCUCUAAAAUAACUGAUUAAUAUAAUUCUGUGCUAGAACGGUUUUGACAUCAUAGUAUAUACAAGCAUCAAAAAUAUUUUUAUUUAAAACUGUGGAAGUUACACAAAAGGGAAAAAUAUUUAUAAGAAAGGUAUAAAAGUGACAGAGCCCCUCUUCUGUUGCUCAUCAAAUUGAACCAAAACCAACAUGUUCUUUUCUGAAAUGUCCUAAUUGCCUUUCACAUCACUAAUCAGAAAGGUAUAGACAUCUUGAUUUAUAGACACAGAUGGUACUGGAUGACUGGCGCUCUGUGGCUUAGUCAUGAAAGAAUUUACAGCUAGCACCUUGUUGUACUCCUUACUCAGUGCUUUCUAUGUGAGAUUAUUAAAAAGUACUGACCGAUUAUUUUCUUUUGCUGGUUUAUUAUACUGUGAUAUAGAAUGCAAGUUGUACAGUGAAAUAAGUUAUUAAAGCAUGUGUAAACAUUGUUACAUAUCUUUUCUCCUAGAUGGAGAAUUUUGAAUAAAAUAUCUCUGAAAUUUUG